AUGAAUCUCACAGAAGUUGAAGAGGAGUUCUGCGCCCAGUCCUCCAACUUCUCCUGUUUUGAAAGGAGACUAGCGUCACUAACAGCAGUGGAUGUGCUGAUGUAUUCGGCUGCAGCUGCAGUUGUGUUACUGACAGUGUGUGGAAACCUGCUGGUGAUCAUCUCCAUCUGUCACUUCAAGCAGCUCCACACACCAACCAACCUCCUCCUCCUCUCUCUGGCUGUGGCUGACCUUCUAGUCGGAAUAACUGUGAUGCCUUUCCACUUUAUUAUGCUGAUAGAAUCACACUGGUGCUUUGGUGCAGUAUAUUGUACUAUUUACACUGUAGCUACCUUUUGCCUGACAUGUGUGUCAAUUUAUAAUGUUGCUUGCAUUGCUGUGGACCGAUAUUUUGCCCUGCGCAACCCUUUUCUCUAUUCCACUAAAAUGACAGUGAAUGUAACUUCGAUGAUAAUAUCCUUCCUCUGGUUGUAUUCAAUAACCUAUAACUUGGUUUUCCUUUAUUUCAAUGAAAAUAUCACUGACCUGGCAGAAAAUACUAAGUGUGCUGGAGAGUGUCAUGUUAAUAUCAAUUACAAAUGGGCUUUUGUUGAUUUUAUUUUAAUAUUUAUUGUGCCAUGCUUGACAAUAAUAAUUAUGUAUUUGAAAAUUUUUGCCAUCGCCAAAAAGCAUGCAAAUAAUAUCCGGUGUGUUAGAGAACAACAGCAUUCAAAGGAGAUGAGGAAAACCAAUUAUUCAGUGGCAUCUGAGAGAAAAGCAGCAAAAACACUUGGAAUUCUAGUUGCCGUGUUCUUGCUGUGUUUAAUACCUUACUACAUAAGUGUUUUCAUUCUUGUGCACACAAUGACACAAUCUGUGUAUCUUGCAGCUGUGCAGAUGUUGAGCUUGUUGUUUCUAAAUUCCUCCAUCAAUCCAAUCAUUUACGCUCUGUUUUAUUCAUGGUUUCAGAAGUGUGUUAAACUAAUUCUUACGUUUAGGAUAUGUAGCUCAGAAUCAUCACUGAUGAAUGUGCUUUCAAAGGACGCUUAA